GAGGGUUAGGCAGGAAGACAGGAGUGUUACAUCACUUCCUGUUUAAGUCAGCAAGUGUUUCCUCUCUGACUUCUGCUUCACUUCCUCUUUCUGUCCCAAAGAACUGACUUUGAUUAGUUUAAUAUGAAACACAGUAAUAAAUAUAUUAUUAUUAUCACUUUGAUGUUUUCAUCACUUUAGAGUUUAAGCUGUAAUACCCUAUUAUUGUUGUUGUUAUUGUUGGUUAUGAGAAUCUGAUCCAGAAACAAGACAACCUGUUGGAUAUGCAAAUGAGGUGUCGCUGUGAUGUGAUUGGUAGAUUCAGAUAAAUGUCAGAGGGAGGAGUCAAAAACAGGAAGUGACAGAAACAACUUCUUAAAAAACACAGAAGAAGAGAGAGAGAGAGGUCCUGUAGUGAGCCAGUGAAGGUGAGUGUACUGUAUUGUACUGAUACUUAGUUUAUGUGUAUUCUCUCAAUGUGAGUGUGUACUAAUACUCGGCGUGUGUACUCGUACUCAGAUGGAGCCGCUGUGUGAGGACGAGCUCUGCUGGCUGCAGCUCGAUGAUUUCAGAGUUCUCCUCAUCAAGAACAUCGAGCCGUCAAGAAUCACUCCAUACCUCCGCCAGUGUCAGGUGGUCAGUGCUGAGGAUGAGGAGCAGCUCUUCAACGACCCGACCCUCGUGGUCAGGAGGAGGAAAGUUGGAGCCCUGCUGGACAUGUUGCAGAGGACAGGGGUCAAAGGUUACACAGCCUUCCUGGAGAGUCUGGAGCUGGAUUAUCCUCAACUCUACAGCCGGAUCACCGGGAAGGAGCCCAACAAGACCUUCAGCAUCCUCAUCGACACCGCAGGUGAAUCCGGUCUGACUCGGUUCUUGAUGUCGGAGCUCAGCCGCCUGCAGAGGGCGCUGCAGGAGGAGAGGAGGCGUCGCCAGCAGGCCUGCUCCAUCGCCAAGGAACAGGAGGCGUGGUCUCGGCAGCAGCAGCUGAAGGACGGCGAGCUGAGGAAGCUGACUGAGCGUGUGCAGAAGGUCCGUGAGGAGCGUGAGCGGCUGAGCGAGGAGGUAAAGCAGCUCCGGGAUCACAACUACAGUCUGAUGGCCGACGUCAACACGCUCGGUCAAGAGAAGAGCGCCGCCCUGCUGGCCAACCGGGACCUGCAACUAGAGGUGGAACGUCUGAAACACACCGUGCAGCGAGUUGAGAGUCAGACCCGACUGCUGAGAAGACGAACACAGAAACCACUCCAGGAGAGCAGAAGUCUGGCUCCGCCCACAGAGACCCCCUUCCAUCCAAUCAUAAAGGAGCUAAACAAGGAAAAGCAGGAGGAGAAAAAAGAGGAGAAGGAGGCGCAGGAGAAUGAGGGUUCAGCUCCUAUUCAGCUGAACCUCCUCACUACAGUGUUAAGGAAACAGAUCCACAGAGCAGAGGAGCAGAGAGACAAUAGUCAGGAGGAGGAGGAAGAGGAGGAGAAGGAGGAGCUGCUCUCUGCUCAGCUGAAGGGAGAGGUCAAGAUGUACCAUCAACAAAACCAACAAACAAUCAGACAGCUGGAGGAGGUGAUCAGAGAGAGGGACAAGGUCCUGUCAUCGUGGACGCAGCAGCAGGAGGAGGUGCGGCUGCUCCUGCAGGAGAAGGACCAGUACAGGGAGCAGGUCAGACGGCUCACAGAGCAAUGUGACAGGCAGGAGCUCCUCCUGAAGAGGUCACAGGGGGAGGAGCUACAGGUGAGGACACGCCUCCGCAGACUCAGGUGCUAUACUCACCAGUGUGAGAGGAGUGUGAGCAGCGAGGAAGAGGAGGAGCCCAGAGAGGUCACUGCUAAAGGUAGCAGUGAGGUGCGUAGUGGAACGUCUGUGGAGAAUGAAGAGGCGUCAGUGCUGCAGCAACUGGACUCGCCUGUAGGAGGAGCCACAGAGUCUGAUCACAGGCCCAGCACUGCUGCAUCAUGGGACGAGGAGACGGGCGGCGGUCUCUCCUCCAGAACGCCGUUCUUCUAUCGCAGGAAGCUAGCCCUCAGGUCAAAGGUUGUCUGCAAGGAGUACACAGCUGGUAACCAUGACGACAGCAGUGGCAGUCAAGUCACCGACUCUGAUUGAAGAAGAGCGUCUUUCAAAAUAAGAGUCUAACAUUUUUCUGUUCAUGUCAUUCAUAUUCAUCAAAGAGGUGAAAAGUUAUAUAAUAAUAAUAGAAGUAGAAAAUACGGUUUCCCAAGUAAAUAUCUUUUUGUACUGAACACAUUAUUCAAAAUGUAGAUGUUGUUUUCUCUUUUUUUUCAUAAUAAAACAGAUCAACCAGAA